AUCGAAAGUCCUGGACCAGUUUUGUGUUUGUCAAGUAACUGAUAUUGAAUGAGAUCUGUCUAUAAUUACAGCCGAAUUUUUGUGGAUUGAAAACUUAUUUCUUAAUUCUAAAAAGUUGUAAUUUGACGUCAUAAUCUAUUAAUCUUUGACAUUGACACUGAAUGAAAUUGACAAAUGACAAUUGACAAUUGUAGGUACAGGUUAUGGGGAUUGUGAUCAUUUUAUGAUAAUAAAAUAAACUUUAAUUGCGUUAUAAUAUUUCUAACUGAACACAACUGUACACGGCUUGUAAGGAAAUAAAAUGACUACGCGAAGGCCCAUUUCUUGGUUUAUAACUGAGAAAGGUCGUAAGUUUUCAUUUGCUAUCGUCACCGGCACUGGGAUAGCACUAAGUUGUGCUAGAUUUUUGCCACAAACCUUUUUCCUCGAAAAAUACAUAGACUUUGUACAUUAUUAUAAAGAUGGGCAGCGAGUUGGAAUUGCAAGAGAACUUUCGUCACGCUAUGAUAAAUGCCUCGAAAUUCUAAAAUUGACAGAUACACAUAGAAAACUUAUCCAACCUUUUAGUGUUUUUGGUUUUGAUUUAUUUCAUGCAGGCAGUACAAGUUCAAGAUUUGGUGUAGCUAUUGGAAUCCCUGUCAACUUUGCUUACAAUUCUAUGGAUGACAUUAAAAAAGACAAUAUUCAGGUGAAUCAAAAAAGUAUUAAUUGGGAGUCUGAAGUUGGAAAAAAACUAGCAAAUGCACUCAUUCUUCCAGAUAAGGUGCAAGAAUUUGCUAUUUGUAGAGAAAUUUUAAUGACCAAUAAUAACAAAGUGAUGUUUGAAUCAUGCUAUCCAUUUAUGUCCAUAUUUCUUGUUUACAACCUUUGCCAAUAUUUGAAUAGAAAACUUAAUCUGUAUGCAGCCCAUCCUGUAGUUAGAAGUACCAUGUAUACUAUUGUAGGUUUAUUUGGAGCAGGAAUCUAUUUCCUAAUGAAAGAUCUAACAGAAGUACAUUAUGAGACAAAUGUUGACCAAAAAUUGUGUAAACUUGGUCCUGAAUAUGUUGAAAGUGGAGUAAUAUUCUAUGAGAAACUCCUACAGCGAAAUCAAGCACUAAGAGAACUGAUGGGAAAAGAAGGAGAACGCAAAUACACUAAAAUGGGUAAUGAAAAUUAUGGCAUAAGACAGCCUCAUGUAGCAUUGAUACAUAGAAAACAAUUUUUUGAAGAAAAACUAAAAGAAAAUGCAGCUUCUGAAGAUCUAGAAAACCCAGAAGAAUAAAAAUUAACUAGUUUAUUGUUUAGUAAUAAAUGUAUAGUAAAGUCAAAAAUAGAUUGUGAUUUUAACAAAAAAUUAGAAAAAGUUUA